CUUUCCGGACGCGUCUGCUCUGAAUGCCGGGCUUUUACACCUCUCUUCCGCCGUGUGAGAGUCGGUGAGGGGCGCGCACUGAUGGAUACGCUGUGGAUUUUGUGGAUGCUGCCCGCGGCGCUCGCUGUGGAAGAAACGCUUAUGGACUCCACAACAGCCACAGCCGAGCUGGGCUGGACCGUGUAUCCCACGUCCGGGUGGGAGGAAGUGAGCGGCUACGAUGAGAACAUGAAUACCAUCCGUACCUACCAGGUGUGCAACGUCUUCGAAAGCAACCAGAACAACUGGGUGCGCACUAAGUACAUCCAUCGACGCGGAGCCCAGCGCAUCCACGUGGAGAUGAAAUUCUCAGUUCGAGACUGCAGUAGCAUCCCAAACGUGCCGGGCUCCUGCAAGGAGACCUUUAACUUGUACUACUACGAGUCCGACUCAGAUGUGGCUACCAAGACCUUCCCGGCCUGGAUGGAGACCCCCUGGGUCAAAGUGGACACCAUCGCUGCCGAUGAGAGCUUCUCACAGGUGGACCUGGGUGGCCGGGUGAUGAAGAUUAACACAGAGGUGCGCAGCUUUGGCCCCGUUUCCCGCCAGGGCUUCUACCUGGCCUUUCAAGACUAUGGUGGCUGCAUGUCACUCAUCGCCGUGCGCGUCUUCUACCGCAAGUGCCCACGCGUGGUGCGCAAUGGUGCCAUCUUUCAGGAGACUCUUUCGGGAGCAGACGCCACCUCCCUGGUGAUGGCGUGGGGGGCAUGUGUGCCCAAUGCUGAGGAGGUGGAUGUGCCCAUCAAGCUGUAUUGCAACGGCGACGGUGAUUGGAUGGUGCCCAUUGGUCGCUGCAGGUGCAAAUCGGGCUAUGAGGCUGCAGAGAAUGGCACCGUCUGCAGAGCAUGUCCGUCCGGCUUCUUCAAACCAGCCCAGGGCGAUGACUCCUGCCUACAGUGCCCCAUCAACAGUCGUACCACCAGCGAGGGUGCCACCAACUGCGUGUGCCGCAACGGCUACUACCGAACUGACUCAGACCCUCUCCAGAUGCCCUGCACCACUGUACCCUCUGCGCCCCAGAAUGUUAUCUCGAUUGUGAAUGAGACGUCGCUGAUGUUGGAAUGGGUUCCGCCGCGGGAGUCGGGUGGCCGCGACGAUGUGGUCUACAACAUCAUCUGUAAGAGCUGUGGGGCAGGACGUGGAGGCUGCACACGCUGCGGGGACAAUGUGCAGUUCGUCCCCCGCCAGCUGGGCCUCACGGACACACGCGUGCACAUCAGUGACCUGCUGGCCCAUACGCGCUACACCUUUGAGGUGCAGGCUGUCAAUGGUGUCUCGGACCAGAGCCCGUACUCACCGCAGUACUCUGCUGUCAACAUCACCACUAACCAGGCCGCUCCGUCUACAGUGUCCAUCAUGCACCAGGUGAGUAGCACCGUGGACAGCAUCACGCUUUCCUGGUCCCAGCCAGACCAACCCAAUGGAGUCAUCCUGGAUUACGAGCUCCAGUAUUAUGAGAAGGACCAGACUGAAUACAAUUCAUCUACUGUGAAGAGCCAGACGAACACAGCCGUCAUUCGAGGCCUCAAACCGGGGACCAUCUACGUUUUCCAGGUGCGGGCCAGGACUGUGGCGGGGUUCGGACGCUACAGCGGCAAGAUGUACUUCCAGACCAUGACUGAAGAGGAGUAUAACGCCAGCAUGCAAGAGAAGCUGCCUCUCAUCAUCGGCUCUGCCGCGGCCGGUCUCGUCUUCCUCAUCGCCGUUGUGGUCAUCGUCAUCGUCUGCAGUCGGAGGAGGGGCUUCGAGAGGACAGACUCGGAAUACACAGACAAGCUCCAGCACUAUACCAGUGGCCACAUGACUCCAGGAAUGAAGAUCUAUAUAGAUCCUUUCACAUAUGAGGAUCCAAAUGAGGCUGUGCGAGAGUUCGCCAAGGAAAUCGACAUCUCCUGCGUGAAGAUUGAGCAAGUCAUAGGCGCAGGGGAGUUUGGUGAAGUGUGCAGCGGGAACCUAAAGCUGCCAGGCAAGCGAGAGAUGCUGGUGGCCAUCAAGACGCUGAAAUCGGGUUACACAGAGAAGCAAAGGCGAGACUUUCUAAGUGAGGCCAGCAUCAUGGGACAGUUCGACCACCCCAACGUGAUCCACCUGGAGGGUGUGGUGACCAAGAGCAGCCCUGUCAUGAUCAUUACUGAGUUCAUGGAGAAUGGCUCCCUGGACUCCUUCCUCAGACAAAAUGAUGGACAGUUCACAGUGAUCCAGCUGGUAGGCAUGCUGCGUGGCAUUGCCUCGGGCAUGAAGUACCUUUCGGACAUGAACUACGUCCACCGGGACCUGGCUGCCCGUAACAUACUGGUGAAUAGUAAUCUGGUGUGCAAGGUAUCCGACUUUGGUCUCUCCCGUUUCCUGGAGGAUGAUACAUCAGACCCAACCUACACAAGUGCCCUGGGCGGGAAGAUCCCCAUCCGAUGGACUGCUCCAGAGGCGAUCCAGUACAGGAAGUUCACAUCAGCAAGUGAUGUGUGGAGCUAUGGAAUUGUCAUGUGGGAAGUGAUGUCCUAUGGAGAGCGGCCUUACUGGGACAUGACCAAUCAGGAUGUGAUCAAUGCCAUUGAGCAGGAUUAUCGACUUCCGCCACCCAUGGACUGCCCCAGCGCCCUGCAUCAGCUCAUGCUUGACUGUUGGCAGAAAGACCGCAACAACCGGCCCAAGUUUAGUCAAAUAGUAAACAACCUGGACAAGAUGAUCCGCAAUCCCAACAGCCUCAAGGCCAUGACCCCUCUGUCAUCAGGUGUCCACCUGCCCCUGCUGGACCGCAGCGUGCCGGACUUCUCCAGCUUCGGCACAGUGGAUGAGUGGCUGGACGCCAUCAAGAUGGGACAAUACAAGGAGAACUUUGCAAAUGCCAACCUCAGCAGCUUCGAUGUCGUGUCUCAGAUGACCAUGGACGAUAUCCUCCGGGUGGGAGUGACACUAGCGGGCCACCAGAAGAAGAUCCUGAACAGCGUCCAGAUGAUGCGGGCUCAAAUGAACCAGAUCCAGUCUGUGGAGGUGUGACCCACAGGAGAGAGAGAAAGGAGUGGCGUUGAGAGGGGGCAUUGCUGGAUCCCGAGCCUGGUCUUCCUGUCAGACCUUCUGUCCUCCUGAAAUUCAUCUGCCUCAUGUGUCGCUCCACAACCUCUUCCAUCCAAACCUGUUUCCUGAAGGACAAGCCACACGACCGACGUGCCCUACAUCGCAACACCAAAACUGCGGGGUGGGGACUUGGAGGGUGGAGGCUCAGGGGGAGUCUGACUUCAUUUUCACGGACUUGUCUUUUUUUUUUCCAACUCUUUGAUUUUGUUUGUUCUUUUUAAUAACUUUCUAUUUUUUUUUUUUAAGAAAAAGCUGAGAAAACAAAUCUAUAUGACUGUAGAUUAUAUGAAUAUGUAAACAAAGCAAACUGAGUCUAGAGGCUACCCUUUAAAAGGGAAAGGAAGACAGACAAAUGGAGAAAAAGGAGACCUUGCACCAGCCACCACCCAACACCAUCUCAUUCUGAGUUCUUUUUAAUUAUUAUUAUUUGUGGGAAAUAUGUAAAUGAAGAGAGGUGCUGAUCCUCUUCUGAAGAAAAUCUAUGGAGCAAAGACUUUGCAGAAGAAACUGAGAGACCAGAAUUGCUCUCCUGUUGAUGAGAUUGGAGGGAAUAAAAAGCUUUUACCAUGAAAUGGAUCUUCUCUGGGCAGCCAUUGCCUCCAUAGACAGUGUUAGGGACCUCACUGAUACGUGAAUUUAAAUCCCUUAGACACAAAACAGGUUUUAAGACGUUAAAAGAGGAGUUUUCUUCCCAUUUCAAUGACUAAUCUCGAUCUGAAUGCGUGAAGUUUGUGAUUUUUGAAGAUUUCUUUCUUCUUUUUGCCACUGGACAACUACAGCGAUCCUUUAUUUUUCAAGCAUCAGUCUGCCAAAUGAAAAUCCUCCCUUCAUACCUCAGAUGUCAUCAUCCUGUACAUAUCAGAUGCACUUGAUAUUGUGAUGUCAUCACUACAAGCCUGACAUUGUCACUAAGCCUUGGCUGUGUACUGAAUUCAGGAAUUUCAUGAAUUGAUAAAUAAACAUUUUUAGAGAUAUUAGAGGGAGGGAAUUAUAUGCUGUCGUUAAUAUUUUUUUAAAUGUUAGUGGUGGACUUUUAAAAAUUGGUAACGUCAGUGGCAUCAUACCUUUUUCUUCCAGUGAUUUAUAGUAAAUCAUGGGCUUUUUCCCUACGCUGUCAACAUGGAGGGGAUCCUGAGUGCACGCAUAUGAACGUCUCGUUUCUGCUAAAAAACCCCUGACGUGGCAGAAGCAUGGGAGCCAGCAUCCGAGGGCACGUCGACAGAGACGUACAUCUGUUGCACACUGUUCCAUCCUGGCACGAGUUUAUGUCUCAAACAAGUACAGUAUUAGGGUUUUAAAUAUGAGAAAGACAAUGUCAUCUGCAUUGGAACAAUGGCGUGUUUUUCAUAAUUGUGCAGUGCUUUGCAGAUUUUACAGGUAGAUGGGUUUAUAUAUUGUGUAUCUAUUACUAUAGGGUUACAAUCUAGAAAGCACAGAUGUUAAUACACCUUCUUGGUGGUAAAAUGUGGCGAAGGAAAGCAUGAGGAAAAGAGGGGCUGGCCACAGUGAGCCAAGAAUUAAAUCCGUACAGCAGACUGGGAGCGACCCGACCUCGGCUCUGAGGAACGUCCAGCAGAGAGGACAAAAAGCUCAGCUUUGUCAACACCGGGUGGAAACUGACCUUUUCUUUAUUUGGAUGUUAAGAUGACCACAGAGGGAUUCAAACAGCUCAGAGUUUUACACUCACAUAUUUCUUCAGAUCUACAGGUCCUGAAAGUAAUUUGAGCUCAGAACUCUACCAAAGGGUGGAGCAGCGAUGGCGCUCUUUGGAUUGGAGACCAACUGCAUUCUGGUCUGGACAUUGCGCCCCAAGACUCUUCUUAUGUAAACUGUCAUAAAGUCCAAACGGUAAUUUAAUUCAUUGUAUAGACAUAUUUUGAUAUUUGGUAAUUAGCCUGGGAUUAGUAAAAAUGUACAGCUUGGUAUGUUUCCCCCCCCCCCCCCCUU